AUGGUGGAGAUGCUUGGCCCUCUUCCUGCUCGCCCACCUACACCUCCAAGGCCUGGUUCACGCAUCGACCAGGACGAAAUCGAGAAUCCUACGAAAUCUAUCACAGCGACGCCACAACCAGCAAGUGCCUCAAGGGUCCCUCCAUCAAGUCGUACCUCCAAACGAGUGACCUGGUCACCAUGCAUUCAAACCUCCAUCGAUCUACCCUCGGGGCCGUUGUCGAAAUUCGGACCCAAUACUAGCCUGUUCAAACCAAAAGAGCCUAAAACCAGGGACAGUCCUUACAAGUCCAUUUUAAAAGAGACCAACUCGCCGAUGCCCAUAUUGUCACCUAAAUUCGAUCCAUUUACCUCCGAUUCUCUCGCCAUGCUCCUGGAAUCCGUCAUUCAGCAACUGGCGGGAGAGUCCAUCACAUCUCGACUCGAUGCAUACACUCAGUUUUUCAAUGCACUUCGAGCAUAUGAUUCAUUGCCAACCGCGAAGGAUAUUGCGGACAAAUUGAGCCUGAUAACCGAGUUCAUACAACGUGAUUUAAACCGCGAUUUGGUCAAGGGUGCGACAUUGGACACUAAUCUUGCCAAUUGGGCUUUGAAACUAUCCGCUGUCUUGACCUGGCAUCCAGAUGUAUCACCUCUACUGCCGGAAGAAUUCAAGGUUUUCCUUAUUGAGCACUCAACUACCUGCCUGCAAGAUGCCAAAGUUCCAAAAUCUGUUUUGACACACUACAUGUCCAUCCUUUCUUCGCACAAUUUCGGUCCUCGAAUCAUGACCAACGCCCGCGUUACACGCCUACUCACGGCAGUACAAGAAAUUGGCAGCAAUGGUAAAGCGAUCGCCCUGCAUCGAUUGACCAUAUACCAGCGCCUCCUCACCCAGUCCAAAUCUACAUUUAUCUCCCAUUCUUCACUUUGGGCAGAAAAUUUGAUCUAUGGUCUCCUCCAUUCGAUGAAAGAGAACAGAUUGAAAGCGAUUUCCCUUGGCUUCCAAAUUGCUUCAACGGCGGGCCCAAAUCACACACUCUCCAAACAUCUUCGAGAUCUUUUUGACCGCCCUUUAGAGAAAGAACAAAGGUUUGUGCAUGAGGUUCGCGAACGGAUGUCUCGAAUGAUUGCCACUCCAGAUACUGGUAUCCAUGUUCCUCAGAUUUGGAGCAUCAUUGUUCUACUUAUGAGGAGCAAGGGUUGGGAUUUGGAACGAUGGGAGCACUUCAAGGACUGGGUCCUUAUUCUUCAAAAAUGCUUGAAUUGCAGUGAACAUUCUAUUAAAGCCCAGGCCAUUUUGGGUUGGAAUAGAUUUGUCUUCGCAGUUGGACCGAACGAAAAAACCAGCCUGCCUUUGAUCAAGAUGUUAUGCAAGCCAAUUCUCUCGCAAUUUGAACGAAGAAAAUCCGACAAAUCAGUACCUGAGCCAACUCCGUUUGCUCUGAGCAGCUACUACAACCUACUCUACUACGCCUUUCGCCCUUCGCCUCCUGCCAAUUACCUUGAUCUCAUUUGGGAGGAAUACAUUGCCGGUCCCUCUUCAUCUAUCUUUUCAUCCGUUCCAGCCUUAUGUGACAGCGAAGCCCGCGUGCUAGCUGCCAUUUUAUGGAGUCCUCAGGCCAAAAUUUGGACCGAAAACCGCAUCGAUGAUACAAACAAGAUGGAGGUCGAAGAACUUCCCUCCGUCGAUUCGAAAUGGGUUCGUUCGAGAGUCUCGGGAAUCUUGAGGGUUUUCGAGUCCUUGCUCAAGGUAUCAGUCUGGGAUGAUAAUGAGCUUGAUAAAUCAAACAUUGCCCGUGCUUGGGUAAGUCUUUCUAGUGCGCUAUCUUUCGCCUCUAGUAAGGAAAUCACCCCUUCUACGGAAUCCAUGCAAGCUGUUGCUAGUGUUGUUGGACUGUUACAUCGCCUUUGGAAUAUUGGCCUUACGUCAUUGAAUGUCUCCGAAGAUGGAGAGGUGGAUGUCUUUUUCGAGCGAUUCCGUUUUCUCUCAACAACGAUGAUAUCUUCCCUUGGAAGCAUUCCGUUUACGGAGAGACUUCUAGUGAAAAGCUCAGAUGGGAUCUUUCAAGCCUCAAAUACCCCAACGCAUCGCCAAUCUAGCUCUGGAUCAAAUCUCAACAGUCCCAUACUUCAUCUUCUCCAAGUGAUCAGUGUCAAUUCUAUCUCGGCGACACCGACUUUGGCUUACGUCCGUUUAGCCGAAGGGAUGAUUCAAGCGUCAUGCAAAGGAAGAAUAUCGCGCGGAUCUCGCCUUGAACUUCUACAGCAGUGUGCCUUUUUGAGCAUUGCUGAAUCGACAUACGUUUCUCACCCUUCUUCACUAUCCGAAGUGGUCUGGAAGGCUAGCGCUCGAGCCGCUGCUGAUGCCUUGCAGUCAUUCCCAGUGGAGUCUGCUCGAGAACGCGAUGGCUCUGUCUCUCGUGAUUAUGAGAACGUGACCAAAAUUCUUGCCUCGGGACUAAGACUGCGCAAUGUAUUCCAGGAAUGGUCACAUUUGCUUGGAUCAUUUAUGCGAGUAGCUAGAACAGAGAAGGGUGAUCAAGGACUACCUGCUCUUAUCAUCGAGCCCUUGGCCGGUUGUCUGGUGAAUCUCCCAGUCUAUGAUACAUAUCUGCCUUCGGCAUCUCUACUGAGCCAGUCAUUGUCCAUUCCUUUCCUCCAGGGUAAUGAAGUAGGAGAUGGCCAUACAGUUGCCCAGCAGCCGAGUCCUCCGCCAUUUCCCUACAAACUCGUUGAAUCAAUCGGACGAACAUUGAGCCUCGCGUAUGAUGGCUUCAGCGUCUCAGAAUCGCAUGGCCUCGCGGGCUUCAUCGAAUCAUUGACGUCUUUCCUGGGUUCCGGUGUGCCUCACUUCCGGUCUCAGCUUCUUCAAACCCUACAACCAUUCCUGAAACCCUGGAUUCAAGAUGGUGACUCCAAAUUCGAUUUCAAGCAUGGUGUGGAUAGUCGAAUUCUGACUGCGGUAAGAGCUUCCUUGAGAAAUGUGUCCUUAGAUUUCAGCCUAACAAGUUCACAGUGCCGAGCUCUCACAUUUGCUGUCCUUAACGUCCUGCAGACUUGCGUCCGUGAUGAUUUGUCUUCCUUGAAAAAGUUUGAUGUAGUCAUUUGCGCUGGCUUGGAGUCUCCCCACGCAUCGCGGGCCAAGAAGUUUGUCGAUUUCUGGUAUUCGACGGCCACCAAGACAGAUGCAGCAUCUUGCACAAGUUCAAUUGGGCGAUCUGUCGCAACAGCCUUGGAAAACCUUAAAGCAGCGGCGCAAUCCAAGCAUGAUGACAAGGUAGAUACCAAGUCUGUCCUUUCAACCCCUUCACGGGUACUAAUUAUCUCCCAGAACACCCUUGUCUCGUCUUCGGCUAUGCAUAGUUCAUCAUUCGCACAUCAUGACCCUCGGGCGUUUCUUUAUCCCAAUUCAUCGCCUGUGAUUGGUGGUAAUGAACAACCUUCUCCUGACGUCUCUGAUUCAAAUGAGCCGCAAUUACCCGCCAAUCCUCGUUCAGACCCGAAUGGUGACUCUGGAAUGGUCUCUUACCCGGGAAGUCGACGGGAUAUGUUCCGAAUGAUUGAAGCCAUUCGAUCUUCCUCGCCUUCAAAUACUCCUGCAGCCCUGGGCUUUGCAACGCCUGUGCAUCUGCGUAGAGAACGUGGCACUCGGUCGUCUUUCGGGACUCCAUUGACUCCAACUCUCGCCAUGGCAGAGAAUGAGGAUCCAUUCGUUGGGUCAUCCCCUACUCCUGCCACUCGGGACCCAACGCCUUCGCAGCACUCUGAUGCGUCUAUUUUAAGAAGACGCGAUGUUGUAAUGACUGGUGUAACUGAUGUUCCUUCCUCGCCGCCGGUGUCUACUUCAGGCAGUCCAAGUCCUAAGAAACAAGAUAAACAGCGUCGUGGACGUUGGUCAGCGACAAGAUCAAAGAGACAGCAUGUUGCCGCUGCGGGACAUAGCACAGCUAACAGCCCUCCUGUCUCUGUUGUUGGGGAUACUGCCGGAGAAACCCCCGGCGCCGAUGUUUCCGACGAACUGAAAGAAAAUACUCUUCCGUCUCAGGACGAAAGACGGCCAAGCCGACGGACUCGGUCUGCUUUGAGCCAGAGCACAGAAAACAACCAAAACUCAGCACCAGCCUCUGCAUUUGGAACGCCUUCUAAACCAAUCGAGCCUCCUUCUGCUCGGAGCUCCAGAUCAAAGUCGGCAUCCCAAAUGAGAGCUCGAAAUGCCAUUCCAAAGGCAGUACAUGAUGUGGAACAGCAUCAAUAUCAACCUGCGGCACAACCUGAUGCUCUUCCCACACAUACAGCCAUCGAUUAUGUUGAUUCUUCGGGUGAUGACUUGGACGUCCAAAUUGCCUCCCAACUUUCACAAGACUUGGGGUUGGCUGUUGAUCAAAGUAGUCAGCAUGAAGAGCAAUCUGCUGAAGUUCCAACAUCUGUUCCCUCGCAAAGUUCCAAGAAGAGAAAGCGCAGUACGGACGAUGGUCCUCCAAUGACCGCUAAGGGGAGACGUCGUCGUUCAACCAGACUAUCCACUGCUCAAGAAACUGUCCCAGUCGACGUACAAGACCCUGAAGCUACUCAGUCACAGGAGCACGGCCUUCAUUUCGCUUCUGUGGCCUCCUCGCCGGCUAAAGCUUCUGCAUCUACACCACGCCGGUCAACUCGCAGCUCUCAGCGCCAGGGUGAAACGACCGCAGUGGAUCCAUCAAUCUCAAUUGACGUUGUUGAAGCUUCACAAGACAAAGUUGAUAGUCUAAACGGCUCUCAGCUUCCACCGAAGCGAACUCGCAAAUCAGCCCGUGGUGAAGAGCAGUCGAGUGCAAAUGUUGUGAGCCCAGCUCAGAAUCAGUCCCCUCGCAGGACCCGCGCUGGCAGAUCGCGUUUAUCCCAAAAUCAAAAUCAGCGACAAGCUACACCCCCGUUUGUUUUGCCAGAACCAGAACCAUCCUCAAAUCAGCCCGGGCUUCAUAUCGCUCACACUUCCCCCCAACCCGACCCUUUUGCUAUGAACUCCACUGCAGACCGCACUUUCAAUCUCGAUUCCCCCCUGGUUUCUACGGAAGAAGCAACCGCUUCACAAGUGACGGAAGCCGGUCCACUGCCACCACCAAUAUCUGAAGACGAUGAUACUCAGAUGGAUGUGGAUACCGUAAUGUCUACCAACGAGAUUCCAGACCAUCCGGCUGAGUCUGCCAUAACAAUUAAGACAGAUGGCGUCCAAACUCAACACAUUCCUACUUCUCCACCGGACACAAGUGAUGCAGGAAUAACCGGUUCGCUCAAGCAAAUUUUGGACAAUAUCAAACAGGCCAACUUUGGCAUGGGCACUCUCCGUGAGAUAGACGAUCUCAUUUUCGAAAUUCGUGUCGAAGCGCAUGGCGCCGCACGCCGACACAAUAAUUCCGCAUAG